UUUUGGAGGAGAAAUCAAGAGGUAAGGGGGAGAAUCCCUAAUCAUUGUGGGCUAGUAUAAUGGGGUGAAUGGUAGAUUAAUAUAGUUAUAUUUGUGAUAGUUAAAUCAAUAAAGUAUGUGUUUAAUUCUGUUUGGUAUACUGAAAAUCUGUAGAAAGUUUAGAGUUAGAAACAAGAUUAAAUACUGGAAUAAGUAUCCUGUGUGCAUAUAUAUUUUCCUUCAAGAACCGAAAAUGAGAGUGGGUAUUGAGGGGAACACCGAAUGACGUCACCCCACGAAAAUGGUGACAGACGGCAGCUGCUGGCAAGGCAAGGUUGGCCAUCACGGGAUGCUAUGCUUUGUUUAUUCUUAUUUUUUUUGUUCCUUUAUUUAAGUAAUUGCUGCUGAUGUGUUGUUGGUCAAGUUAUUUAAGAAAAAAAAUGAUUCUAUAUAGGAUUAAUAGAACCGCACGGCAGCUGCCCUUAGUCAAAAGAAAUGUGCCUGUUCACUUCAUCAUCUUUUUGCAAUUGUCACUUGGUUGAUGAUGUUACAUCACUAACUGCCAAAAACGUGAGACCACUUGUAAUACUCUCUCCACUAUAGCCAUUCGGUUCAUGUUAAAAAGAAAAGAAAAGAAUGGAAGCUACAUAUACUUGGUAUUAAUAAUGGAAACGUGUGUAGUUUAAUUUCCUUAAUUCAAUUGCUACUGCAGCUCUUGAUUUGGACCACAGAAAAAUGUUCUAUACAAUUAUAAUCAAUGAAACAAGUCAUGCUACUCAUUGUAGACCAUAUGUUUCAUUUUACUACAUAUAUGUUUCAUUGUACUACAUAUAUACCUACUGUUCGAGAGACAUCCCAUUUGUAGACCAUAUGUUUCAUUUUAGUACAUAUAUGUUUCAUUGUACUACAUAUAUACCUUACUGUUCGUGAGACUUUCCAUUUGUAACCAUAUGUUUCAUUUUACUACAUAUAUGCCUUGCUGUUUGUGGUGGUAAAUAUGUGCUCUGUUCCAUUUUGUUUACUUGUUAAACUCCCUGUCAAUGAAAAUAUGAAAUAUUAAUAUGCUUGAUUACUAGAAAUACAUGAUAGAUAGAUGUAUAGAAUAAUUGGUAAAUGAGUAUAGAUGAGUAAAAUUGAAUUCUAUAUUAAAAUAAUGGACUCCUAAUAGAAGUGACCUAUGGGUGGGUUUUUAUUAUUUUUUUAAGGUUGAAUUCUCUAUGGAUAGUUAGAUAGCAUAAAUCCUAAUGACUUAUUGGUUUAAUAUAAAAAUGAGUAAAUCAUAUAUAAUUGACAAGUUGUGAGUUAGCAUGAGACGGUAUUGAUUGCUAGUGGUAAUUGAAAUGGUGGAUUGAAAUUGCGUGUUGGGUAUUAUAUAUAAAUAAUGCUUAUGCGAUGAGAAUGUUGUGUACAAUAUUGUGGAUAAUUCAUAGAGUGAAUUAUUGUAAUAUGCUAAAUAUUAAGAUGGUAGAGAUGAUCUUAAUUGCAUAUGUUUGAUUGACAUUGUACAUACAUUCAUAUCAUGGUGUGCCUUGAAACAAAGGUGGUUUGCUUUGAAACAAAAGCGAGGCUUAGAUUCUAAAGUGAAUCGGAAGCGGUAAACUAUAUGUUUACGUUUGGUGGGCUUUGGUCUUGUCCGGAUCGGAAGCGUGGCCUAGAUUCUAGAUAUUGAAUCAGGAGGCGGUGAAACUUUGGGUUCACAAUUCGGUACCACAUGCAUAGCGUCACAUAUUUUGCAUUGAGUCACAUUAGAGUUAUGUGAUAGUUGAUUAUGUGCAUUAGUAAUAUUGUGAUAUGUGUAUGAGAUUGAUAAUUGAAAUGAGUGAUGUUUGAGUACAUGUUUGGUUACUUAUGUGGCUAUGUGAUUCAUUGUAGUUGUGCGCAUAAUUGAGAAUAUAAUAUUGGUAAUGAAUCGAUCCUUCCCUUGUACUUGUUGGUUACUUGUCAACAUGUGAAAUAUAUAUUGUCUUAUUAUUAUUUACAUGACUAUGUUCGAUGUGAUCAACUUCUGGAAUUAUUAAUUUAACCAUUGUAUUCCAUUAUACUUUCUUCAUAAUGGUUUGUAUUCUCACCCUUCUGUUUUAAUGUUGCCCUCGUUUGGCGACAUGCAGGUUCCGGAGUUUAGUAGCCGCGUGUGACCUAGCCGGAGGUUCUUCCUUGUUUAUUUGGAGACUAGGAAGGAAUGUUGACAUUAAUGUUGAGGCCAUGAUGAGGUGGACUGGUGCGAUUGGACAAGCGCCGCAAGAGAAUGUCGGUUAUGGAGGAAAGGAUGAGUUUCGUGCUUUUGGAGACUUUCAAAGGUGCAACCCGCCGAUCUUUGAAGGAGGGUAUGGACCGGACAAAGCGCACGCAUGGAUGAGAGAAAUUGAGAAGAUCUUUCAAGUCGUUAGUUGUACUGAUGUACAGAAGGUACAGUUUGGUACUCACAUGCUGACAAAAGAAGCUGACGUUUGGUGGAGUAAUACUGUACGGAGAUUUGAAAUAGAAGGUAUUGAAGUUACUUGGACUCUUUUCCGUGAUGCAUUUUUGGGAAACUAUUUUCCAGAAGAUGUGCAUGGAAAGAAAGAAGUGGGGUUUCUACAGUUGAAACGAGGAGGAGAACAGUUCCGUGAGAAAUCGUAUGAUGACAUGAGGGAACAAUUUGGUCUUGGCAAGAAGCUAAGUGGGGGAGGAGCUUCUACUCCGAUUAAGUGCUACAGGUGUGGCGAGACGGGUCACAAAACUGUUCAUUGUGGAGUUGGUUCGAGUAGGAUUUGCUAUAGUUGUGGUGAGCAAGGACACAAUUGUGCCAUGUGCGACAAGCCAAAGAAGGAGCAAGCGAAAGGAAAAGUGUCUGCGUUGUCUGGUGCUGAGACUAAUACUAAGGAUAAGUUAAUUUGAGGUUCCGGAGUUUAGUAGCCGCGUGUGACCUAGCCGGAGGUUCUUCCUUGUUUAUUUGGAGACUAGGUAGUGAGUCGAUGCUCUGGUCAUGUAACACUGGGUAGACUAGGUGUAUUGAACUCAUGUUAUAUUUGCGUAUGUAUUAUGCUAUGACUUGUGAACUUAUCUAUUGGUUACAUGUCUUUUGAGAGGCUUACAAGCCAAACCUUUUGAUUAUGUUUAUGUUGAAUUGAGACUAUUAGUCGAUGUAUGAUCAUGGUAUGGGACAUGAAUCAUUAUGAAUUACAUGAGUAUCAUAUUUUCCGCUGUGAAUGCAUAUCCAGGUUAAUUUGCGAUUUUACAUUGAGUGUUAUUAAAAUGACCAGGAGUAUUGUGCUGUGUAGAUAAAUGCUGUCAGUAUUUUUUUAAGGUUUUUAGUUCUUCUAAAAGCAUCGAUGUGACGCCCUUUUGAAUUAUAUGCAUGUUAUUCUCUGAUUAUAUGUUAAAUAU